AUGAUCUGGCAUUUCGGAAGCAGAAACGUUUUCAUCCUAGAAAAUGUGGUUGCCGAGCGUGCCUUAUACUACUGGAAUAAUGAGUACCUCGUCUCCCUGAUUGAAGAGAACAACGAAGUCCUGCUACCCAUCCUCUUCCCUUCCUUCUACCGAAUUUCUCGUGAACAUUGGAAUCAAACUAUUGUCGCCCUCGUUUACAACGUUUUAAAGACUUUCAUGGAGAUGAAUCCAGUGCUCUUUGAUGAACUUACAAAGAACUAUAAAGCAGAGCGGCAAAAGUAA